AAUCGAGAGCCUCAAUGUAAGAAGAAAAAUCAAGCGCUCACACUUGUUUAGCAACGACAUAUUAAAACACAGGAAGAGUUCCGAACGUACAGUGAAAGAACACUGCUAGCAUCCCACUACCUCCAAAUUACUACCUUCGUCUCAACAUUUUUAAAGGUGGUGGACGUGGCUCGUGUACAUCCAAAUUAUGGAUUCAGAAGAGGAGACACUUUACGACGAUGUCGACUCCGGGAAUGAAUCAAGCGGCGACGAUGUUGAAUUUGCAAUGAUGGAAGUAGAGGCUCCAAAUCCGAGAGAGAGGCAGCCUGAAGUUGAAGAAUAUCCUUUUGAAGUUUUGUCAACAGAGGAGAUCGUCCAGUACAUGGUGGAUUCUAUCAAAGAAGUGAAUACUGUUGUGGAGAUACCAGCUACAACAACUAGGAUUCUCCUGAACCAUUUCAAAUGGGAUAAAGAGAAGUUAAUGGAGAGAUUUUAUGAUGGGGAUCAAGAUCAAUUAUUUGCAGAAGCUCGUGUUAUCAACCCUUUCCGGAAGCCAUCUGUUAUAACAAGGCCAAAGAUAAAGUUGCCAAGGAAGGGGUCAGCAACAGGAACAGAAGAAUGUGAGAUAUGUUUUUCAGUCUUGCCAUCUUCAAUGAUGACUGGCCUCGAGUGUGGUCAUCGUUUCUGUGUCCAGUGUUGGGCUGAAUACCUCACAACAAAGAUAAUGGAGGAAGGCAUGGGACAGACAAUAGCCUGUGCAGCACACGGCUGUGAUAUUUUAGUAGAUGAUGCAACUGUGAUGGCUCUUGUCCGGGACUCGAAAGUAAAGUUGAAGUACCAACAUCUUAUAACGAACAGUUUUGUUGAGUGCAAUCGUUUGCUGAGGUGGUGUCCCUCUCCAGAUUGCAACAAUGCAAUCAAAGUGCAAUAUGUGGAAGCCAGGCCUGUAACAUGUAAGUGUUCACACACGUUCUGCUUCGCAUGUGGCGAGAACUGGCAUGAUCCUGUCAAAUGCCACUUGCUGCGUAAGUGGAUAAAGAAGUGCGAUGAUGACUCAGAGACUUCUAACUGGAUAGCAGCAAACACAAAGGAGUGUCCAAAGUGUAAUGUCACAAUUGAGAAAGAUGGUGGUUGCAAUCACAUGGUUUGCAAAAAUCAGAACUGUAAAGCAGAUUUUUGUUGGGUGUGCCUAGGUCCUUGGGAACCUCAUGGAUCUUCAUGGUAUAAUUGCAAUCGCUAUGAUGAAGAAGAAGCAAAAGCAGCAAGGGAUGCUCAAGAAAGGUCACGUGCAGCUCUCCAACGGUACUUAUUCUAUUGUAACCGGUACAUGAACCACAUGCAGUCUCUCAAAUUUGAACACAAGCUGUAUGCCUCAGUGAAAGAAAAGAUGGAAGAAAUGCAGCAGCAUAAUAUGUCAUGGAUAGAGGUUCAGUUCUUGAAGAGAGCUGUCGACAUCCUGUGUCAGUGCCGCCAAACUCUGAUGUAUACAUACGUAUUUGCAUAUUAUUUAAAGAAAAAUAACCAAUCAGUUAUUUUUGAGGAUAACCAAAGGGAUUUGGAAAGUGCCACAGAAACAUUAUCAGAGUACUUGGAGAGAGAUAUUACAUCUGAAAAUUUGGCCGACAUAAAGCAAAUAGUCCAGGAUAAAUACAGGUAUUGUGAUGGAAGACGGAAAGCGCUGCUGGAGCAUGUUCAUGAGGGGUAUGAGAAAGAAUGGUGGGAGUACACUGAGUAAUCAAAAUGGCUGGCACAUUCCUGUGACUAGCUAAAAAUGCCUGAGAGAAUGUAGCAAGCAUUGAAGUGGAGCACCGAGUCCCUGAGCUUGUGAAAAUUGCAGGAUAAAUGUUCUCUCGCUGAGCAAAGUUUUCCUUCGUAGGUCCUUCAGAAGGACCUUGGCAGCCUGUGAGACUAAGUUGUAUAAAGUGGUCCAGGUGUAGAGAAGAGAAAUAAAAAUUCCAUGUACAGUAAUUUUCCUAAGAGAUUGUCUAUAAUGAGACAACAGAAAGGUUACAAGACUGGGAAAACUCACAGUCUAUCUAUCUCUCUCUAAUGUCAGGUUUUCAACUUUUUCAUUCAGCCACGUUUUUAGCCGAUAUUAAAUUGUACAUAACAUUUGUUUCCAUUAAUUCUACAGCUUCUUUUGGCACCGUUUUAUUAUAUAAAAUUUAUAUAUACACAUACACACAAACAUCAGAUUGUUUAGUUUUCAUGUGGUUGAGUGGUGUCGUGUAGUAUGUUGUACGGUGAAUCAUAUUAGUGCUUCAAGAGUACCAUAGCUGAAGUCAGUUCAGCAGUUGAAGUGUGUGGAAUCAUUGUCACGUCAAAUGUGUGGAUAUGCAACACCAGUGUUUGCUUUGAUACACAACUGAUCCAAAUGACUGAAUAGAAAUUAAAAAAAAAAAAAAAAACUACCAUCAUGUUAAGCUCAGAAGCUCUCAUGAUUUAA